AUGGCACCAGGGAAAUCAUUAAAUUUACGCGGUGGUUCAGUGAGUCCAGGAGCAAGAUCUUAUGAAGCCUCAGUGAUUAAAGUUGGUGGUGAAGUUUUCGAUCCAGAUGGAUAUCGUAUGGAUGUGACAGUGUGGUUUCGACACAGGAAUGAAGCAUUAUAUUACGUUGACAGUGGAGGAAAUGUCCACGGUCCAAUGGAUCAACGACAUACUGCACGACUUGGUAAUAUAAGUCGUAGUGGUCAUUUGAUCCCAGGAUCACGUCAUUAUCUUGGUGAAAAUUGGUCAAGUGAACGCGUGAAACGUCGUCAGUCGGACAGUAAUGCUUGGGAUUCACAAUCAGAAAUUCACAACCAGAAUGUCAGUAAUUUUCGAAGUCGUACAUAUUCUGAGUCAAGACGAUUGAAUGAAUCCUCUGAUGAUAUGUAUAGAUCAUCAAAGAGGACUACAGUGUCUACACGAUAUCAAUAUUCAAAUCAACAGCCGAAUCAUCAGUAUAAAACCACAGCAUCACAUAAUAUAUCUAACCACCAUUCACCACAACCUGCUGGACAUAUAUCACGUUGGUCAUCAAUGCAGGCAACUGGUACACAAGGUCUAUGGAGAGGUACCAGUGGAGGUAGAUAUGCUACCACACUGACUAGACAACAUAUCAAGAAACAUCAUGAUCCAGUUGAAAUGGUUGUCAGGCAUACACCAUCUGGAGGAGCGUCUAGAAUUGAUCUUGUCUCAGUGGAUAAUCGUCAAGGUAGUCUACCACAUUUGCCUUAUUCAAUUGGCACAGGGAUGAGUGAACGUGAAAUGAAAUUACAAGAUGAACUGCUUAAUACACAAAGAGAGCUGCAACAGUUGAAACGAUCAAGAAGUUUAACAGGUGAUCAAAGUUUAUCACAUUCAACUACACUGAAACAUACUCUGAAAUCAGGUUCUAGCCAGUAUUUGAAUGAGGGUGUAUGGACAACGUAUAGUUUGAAAAAGAAUGAAGGUCAACCGUGUGGAGCACGUAUUGCAGAUAAAUACAAUCCCCGUGACAAGUAA